AUGGAAAGUUCUCGAUUAGUUUCGAUCAUCUUCUUCAUUUACACGGUGAUUUCGUCGUUCGGCUCGAUCACCUCCAAAGAGGACAACAAUCUCGUAACAAACCAAGCUGCUUUAUUUGUGUUCGGAGAUUCUCUGUUUGAUGCCGGAAAUAACAAUUACAUCGACACUGUCUCUAGAUUCCGGUGUAAUUUCUGGCCGUACGGUAUAACAACGUUCAAAUCUCCCACCGGUAGAAUCUCUGACGGACGUUUAAUUCCUGAUUUUCUAGCGGAAUACGCAUGGUUACCAUUGAUACCGCCAAAUCUACAACCAAGUAACUGUAAAAAUCAAUUUACCUAUGGGGUUAACUUUGCUUCAGGUGGCGCCGGAGCUUUGGUCGAAACCUUUCCCGGAAUGGUGAUAGAUUUGAGAACACAAUUAAACAACUUCAAGAAGGUUGAGAAAAUGCUGAGGUCUAAGUUAGGAGAUACAGAGGGGAAGAGAGUAAUCUCAAGAGCUGUUUAUCUGUUUCAUAUUGGAGUCAAUAACUAUCAAUAUCCAUUCACUACAUAUUCUUCAAUUUUCCAAUCCAAUUCAAAAGAGAAAUACGUCGAUUUCGUUGUUCAUAACACUACCAAUGUUAUCGAGGAAGUGUAUAAAAUGGGAGGAAGGAAGUUUGGAUUCUUGAAUGUGGGAGCAUACGAUUGUUCACCAAGUUCAUUGAUCUUAGACCAGACAAAGAUUGGAUCUUGUUUCAAACCGGCCACCGAACUUGUUGAUAUAUACAACAUGAAGUUUCCGGAUGUUUUAAGGCGGCUACAACGUGAACUGUCCGGAUUUAGAUACGCCCUUCACGACUAUCAUACUUCUCUAUCCGAAAGAAUCAACAAUCCAACGAAAUACGGGUUUAAGGAAGGAAAGAAGGCAUGUUGUGGAAGCGGACCAUUGAGAGGAAUCAAUACGUGUGGAAACCGAAUGGGACCUUCACAAGGUUACGAGUUAUGCGAAAAUGUGACUGAUUACUUGUUCUUUGAUCCCGCUCAUUUGACUGAGAAGGCUCAUGGACAGAUCGCAGAGCUGAUUUGGAGAGGACCGCCUAAUGUCACUGGACCUUAUAAUCUCAAAGCUUUAUUUGAACUUAAUUAG